AUAUCACCACAACGUUUUUAUAUUUUUGAUCAAUUGUUCCACAAAACUUUUGAAAAGUAUAUAUAUGUACAUUAGUUUUAGCUCUCGGAAUUUGUAAGAGUCUAGUAUAGAUAAGGUAUAUACUCCACUAAAAGUCUUUUUGAGUGAUAUAUACUCCACUAAAAGUCUUGAAAGUUGAAACUGCUGCUUCACACACCUAUUUAAUGAACUAGAGGCAGUUUGACCAUUCAGAGAAAAUGGUCUCUUCCUCUUAGCCGUUGCCCUCUUCCUUGGAACCAUAUGGUCAUUAAGUGAUGGUGAUGUCUACGAGAAGUCUUGAGACUUGAAACUUACUUCACUCCCUUUUUAUUUAAAUAGAUGGACUUGAGACUGAUUGAUCAUCAGACAAAUAUGGCUUCUUCCUCUUACUUGAGGCCGUUUCCUACUCCGCCGUCUUUGACUCCGGUGAUGAAAGAAGACGGAAAGUGCAUAAACUGGGAGGAGCUUCCGUCUGAAAUAACGUCAUCCAUCCUGCGGAGGCUCAGCUCGAUCGAUAUAUUGGAAAACGCUCAGAAAGUGUGUACAUCGUGGCGUGGCGUCUGCAAAGAUCCUGUCAUGUGGCGGAAGAUAGACAUGCGUAACCCUCGAAACUUGGUGCUGAACCUCGAGAUGAUGUGCCGUCACGCAGUGGAUCGUAGCCAGGGAGGCUUGGCUGAGAUUGACAUUUGGCACUUCGGUACUGAUUCUCUCCUCAACUACAUCGCCGAUAGGUCAAGUAAUCUGAGAAGCCUUAGACUUGCAAUGUGUUCUUCAAUAACUGACGUUGGACUUACCGAAGCACUUGUGAAGCUUCCAUUGCUCGAAGAUCUCGAGGUCUCAUACUGCUCACUCUCAGCUGAGUCUCUGAAAGUUGUAGGCCAGUCUUGUCCUAAUCUGAAGACACUCAAGCUAAACCGCGAGGGAUUCAACCGUUUUCCGUACGAGAGCGACGAUGAUGCUCUAGCAAUCGCUGAAACGAUGCCCAGACUUGGACACCUCCAGCUUUUCGGAAACAAAUUAACAGAAGGUGGUUUAAACGCCAUUCUUGAUAAUUGUCUUGAUCUGGAACAUCUCGACGUACGUCGUUGUCUCAACGUUUACCUUUUUGGAGAUCUGAAGAAGCGUUGUUCCGAGAGGGUCAAAGUUUUGAGACGACCUUUGGACUCGAUUCGUGGUUACCCAUAUGAGGAGGCUGUUAACCAUAUGGACACAUAUGAAGAUCUUUAUGCUGAUUAUUAUCAUGAAAGUGACAGUGACUAUUCUGAGUAUGAUUACGAUGAUUAUGAUUAUGACGAUGAUUUUGAUCCUUUUAAAAGAAGUUUGUGAGUUUAUCCUGCAAUAUUAAUGAAAUAAAGCCUUUCGCCAGUUAGAAUCGUUGAAACAAGAUUUUUUAAAGCUUUGUUCUGUUUAUAUUUCAGACCGGAUAAGAAACACUUGAGUUUUUUUUUGUGCAACAAGAAACUCUAAUUUGAGAGCUAAGAUUAUAUAGUUACAUUGUUUUUCUCUUAUUAAACAACCAUCAAAAAUUUUAAAGAGAUAAUUAUCAUCUAUAUAUAUUAUAAUGUAUUUCUUAAGCUUCCAUUAUUUUGUAUCUGCGAGAAC